AUGCGCGGUUCGGAGCGAGCAUCGCUGCUGCUCGUCGGACUGCAUCUCCACAGCCUGCAGGUGGUCUUUUCAGCUAACACAGGUUUCUCUAUGUCUAUAUAUGACGUGACCUCAAGAAGCAUUUAUCUCAGAUGGUCCAAGUUUUCAGGAGCCUCUUCUUACAGAGUCACAGCUACAGCUGUGAAUACUGUAGGCCAUUCUUUACUGGCUCAUUUUAGCGAUGGUACACUUAAGAGCACUCUAACUUCAUUAAUUCCCAAUACUGUCUACGCUAUACAAGCAGAAGCCAUUGACAAGAAUGGAAUUACUCUGGCAGAAACAAAGACUAUGCAAUCAACAGCUCCAGACGUACCUGUUAUUGAUCAAGCUUACUCAAAACUUAGCAAUAGUAUCACAGUAGAAUGGAGAGCAGUACCUGGAGCUACUAGUUAUCUGCUGGCUGCACAGGAUGGAGAUUCCUGCAUUGAAACUGUAGUCACAAAAUCACCAGGUACCGUGAUGGGAUUGGAACCAGCCACCUGCUACAGAAUCACUAUCAGGUCUGUAAACGCAGGAGGAAAGAGCCGCCCUUCAGCUUCCAGAAAAACAACAACAGUCUUGUCUGCUCCAAUUCUGUCUGCCAGUUCCCCAAGCUGUGAUUCCAUUGCAGUGAGCUGGAAAGCUGUGUAUAUGGCAGUUGGGUUCUCUGUGUCCCUGAUGAGAUCAGAUGGUUUGGGCAGAAUGCUGAAGCAGAACACCACCAAUACCUCUUUCAUAUUUUCAAACUUAGAUCCAGGAACUCUCUAUACUAUAAAAGCAUAUGCCUGGAAUGCCAAUGGUCUUCCUGGAGAUGAUUUCACAUAUAACCAAAGAACAAGUCCUAAGGCACCAGGAGAUGUUCAAGUAGCUUUCAGUAGCGGAGCUUUAAGAGCUACUGUUUCUUGGAUGCCAGCAGAAGGAGCUCUGACUUACAGUGUGACAGCCUCCAGUGGACUCUCGAAACUGAAGUGUAACACAUCUUCUUCCUCCUGCAUAGUACCAUCACUCCAGUGUGGGUCUGAAUAUUCUGUUUCUGUCACGGCAUAUAAUGAUGCUGGAUCCAGUAAUCCUACUGAUGCAGUGAGCUUAAAAACUAUUCCUUGUGCACCGGGAAAUAUAUCAAUUGAAGACGAUGAACAUGGAAACUUGUUGGUAUCAUGGUCUAGAGUAAAUUUUGGACAUUAUUAUGUGGUUUUUCUGAAGAGUGACGAUGGCUUGGAAGUAUAUUGCAACACAUCACAUACACAAUGCCAUUUCCAGUCAGACUGCGGUUUCACUUAUUUCGUUAGUGUCUUUGCAUAUAAUAAGGCAGGGCAGAGUCCUUUAGGUGAUGUAUUCAAUUACACAACUGCACCGUGCUGCCCCAGUGACUUCCGCGCAACGCUGGUGUCGGGAGACACGGUGGAGGUGAGCUGGGCUCCUGUCCGCGGUGCUGAAAUGUACGAGACCAAGGCUGCCUCCUGGAGGGGGACGGUGCUGUGCAACGACACGGCCACAGCCUGCACCCUGUCUGCUCUGCGCUGCGACACCCGCUACAACGUCACCGUUUACUCCUUCAGCGAGGCUAGGGGUAGCAACACAUCGUGCGCAUCUAAGUAUGUGGCAACAGCUCCCUGCAGUCCUGAAAUUAAAAAUAUCUCAAAGAAGGCUCUUUCUGUGGUCAGUGUGCACUGGCAAUCUAACAACGAGGAAGCUACAUAUAUUGUAACUGCCCGAGGAGAGGCUGGACUUCAGCAUUGUACAAGCUCUGGAAAUUCUUGUACCCUAAUUAAUCUUCCCUGUGGAUCUGCUUUCUCUGUUAGUGUCAUAGCAAGAUCACCAGCUGGACAGAGCUUGCCAAGCUACAGUGUCCCUUUAGAGACCGCUCCUUGUUGCCCUAACGACCUGGCACUAACUCAAGUGACACAGUCUGUAACAAAUGUUAGCUGGUCUGUUGGAAUGGGUGCACACACAUAUGCAACAACAUUGGAGUCUCCAAAGGGACAGGCAAAAUGUCACACUCUUCAAAAUUUCUGUCUCCUGGGAUGCAUCACAUGUGGCACCAACUACACGGUAUCUCUGAAAGCCAUCAGUGAAACUGGUUUGACAUCCCAUUGCACGUAUCAAGGAUAUUCUUCCAGUGCUUGCUGUCCUUCUGGAGUGAAGCUAUAUAGACUUGGCAAUAAUGGUAUCCGGGUAUACUGGCGAGCUUCUGAAGAAACAAUAAGCUACAUUACUGAUCUACGUGGCUCAAAAGGCAAUUUCACUUGUUCACCUAGCUCAGGUCUAAGUUACUGUGAUAUUACUGAGAUACCUUGUGGUGAUGUCUACACGGCAGUAGUAUCUCCAGCUACGGAUAAGAGGCUGAAGCUCACCUUUUGUCCUAAGAAAAUAUAUUCAGUAACCUGUUCUGGAAGCUCUGUUGGAAUGGUGAUAUACAGAGGAAAGAGCAGUGCAGAACAUGUCUAGAUGGAAAUUCUGGAUCAGAUAGGGAGGUAAGUUAUCAAGUCAGAAUUGCAAUGCACUAAUCAGACUUUUUCUUCUGCUAAAUUUUUUGGAAUUAGAGCAAUAGGCUUAAUCAAUUCUACCAAAUAACUGAUCUGUUAAAGCCCACUAUAUUUACCUCGUGUUGUCUACUCCUUUUAUCAACACUGAUUGAUUCCCUCAUUCAGUAUCCCAUCUUUCACUCCCUUGUGUAUUCCUUAUAAAAUUUUAUUACUUACUGCCAGAAGCAGAGCAAACAGAUCAAGAUAGCCUCCAUUGCUCGUUUACUUCAUUUUCUCAUCUAAGAUUACUCAAAGUACUAACUUUCUGGGCAGGUCACUGUCCUUGUCUCAGAAGGAUGGUAAGAUGUCACUGCUGGCCUUUUUAUUUCUUCUCCCCCCACUUCCCCAAAGUUUGAUAAUUUCCUCUCACUGCUUUCCUUCAGUUAUCCUGGAUUUUACUGACACUGUUUAACAUCAUUGUCCCUAAACCCUUUCCCUGAAGCUGGAAAGAUGACCUACACCUAAUUGCAACAGUCAUAGUUGCUUGAGGAUUGGGAAGAGGGAAGCUGGAGAUUUAAUCUAGAACACUGAAUUUCAGCCUCAACUGAUGAGGAGACUGCUUUUAAAAUACAGCUGAACAUAAGAGAUCCUGGUAAUCUCUAACUGUAAUUUUCAGUGUAAAGCAAUCAGUUCUGAAAACUGCUUCAGAACGUUUAGUAAUUAGUAGCAGUGUUCCAGACUUAAUGCAUACCAAAAUAGUAAAGGCUGAAAUAAAAAAUUAAAUUUAACAACAAAGAGCAGUUUAGGUGCACUCAAAACUAGU